CAACAUCGAACGUCAACUGCACCACGUUCAAACCCGGGAGGGCGGCCGGCGGGUUGGCAGGUCCUCCGUACAUGAUCGAUAUCUGAGACUGCAGCGCUGUUUCAGCCAUCUCUAUCUUUUCACGAAACCGAUCGCCCUGGCGAACAACUUGCGAUAUUCGAAUUACCGAACACUCGGAAUCAACCGGGCGAACAUGGUGAUUGGUGCAUGCACUGUUAUCAGAUCAAAAUUACAUCUCCGCAAGUCUUGGAUGAGGUUCUGCUACCCUCCCUUCGCACGAAUUCUGCCGUAGACCACCAACCAGUCCCAGUUGGCACAACUCCUGAGUUCUGCUAAGAACACUAGUGACCUCGCAUUACUUGGCUCCGAUAAAGACACGAUAACAUCAAUAUUUCUCUGACAGUUCUCGCAAUGCGUUAUCAGUCCCUUGCGGCAGCUAUGACCCUCGGGUCAGCAGCUCUAGCUCUCCGUACCCAACAAUUUCCCGUCAGCACUACUGGAGAAGCUGGCGGUCGACCCUUGAAUAUCGCCAACUCGAACAAUGAUAAACUACAUUCAUUUGGUUUCGGUUCGAAGGUCGAGCAAUGGAGUCUUGACGAAGGUCCUGCCGAGAAUGCGACAGGGAACUUGAUCUUCGACACUGUCCACUCACUUUUACAACACUGGCCAAACACUCGAUAUCGUAAUGGACAUAACGUAAUACCAGGAACAAUUCCAAUAGGUACUUUACUGUAUCACGGCACCACCCGCCAUGCGAUACCCAGUGAGCCCGAAUGGACCGCUACAGACCCAGAACAUUCUCUUGCUUUUGCUCGUGGAGAGAGGGCUGGCUGGCACCUCACACUGGCAGCAACGCGACCUCUGAAAGUUUUGUACUUUGAUGGAAGUAGUGCUGCUAAGGUAUCCGAGGGUACAAUGGAUAUACAGGAUAUAAUAGCCUGGGGAGAAGCGCAUCCUGAGCGCAUCUUGGAUGAAAAAUCACGGAUUACAGAUCUCUGUAGGUGGGGAAAAGAGUUCGGAAUAGACGGUUUCGCAAGGAUGGAAAUGGACUUUGAGGUUAUGUUGUGUGAUUUUACGGCCGGUGUCGAAGUAGUAUCUUUCCUGCAUAUCCGGGUCUUAUGGGAGGACAAAGACCGGGCCCCUCCGAGUCCGAAUCACCCUCCUCCACCACCCGGUCCUGAUGUCUGGAUUCGCAUAGUUGAAGCCAUGCACUCCGGCUCAUGGCACAAUCGCUACCCGGGAGAAUCUCGCAUUGUGCUCGACCUGGCUGGUCUCGUCUCACUGUACGACAUCGCACUGGCACCUUCCCUCGUCCCGGUUCGUGCGGGGCUUGAACGACGGGACCAUCGGGUGCUCGGAAUCUCAUCAGAAGACAUAUCGCAGUUGAUGAGAAAGCUCACCGAAGUCAUCAGUCGACCAGACCCGGGCAGCGGUAUAAACUGGAAGGUUCUCAUCCACGUCAUCGUCGAUCGAUAUGCGGAUCGGCUCGAGCUCGUGCGGCAUCUUCUCAAUUUCACCUCAUCAGACUCGCAAGAACUUCUUCAGCGAGGGAAGCUCGUGCAGACCCAGCUCCGCGUUAUGCUUGCACCAUAUCUAUUAGAUGCUACCGUUGUCCCUAGCGCAGACACUCCGGGCCUACAUCCAUCGCAGUGGGCAUCCCCAAUGUUCAGGCUAUGUGCCACAACACACACUACCGCGAUGACAUAUCAAGUACCCUUAAUGACGCCUUCAGAACGCCUGUUGCUCAAGGCCAUCGAGGACACAAUGAGAGAAAUCUGUCGUGUCACUACGAACAUGUGGGCUGUUGGUGUCAUGAGCGGGCUCGACACUCUUUUCCCCAUUGAACUUGAUGGGGAGCCUGAUGUCACUCAAAUAAUGAAUAACUGGAGACAAGACAUCGAGAAGCUGAUGUCUUGGUUAGACUGGAGUAUAUGGAUUAAAUGCCGACCUGCCUGCGGCCCAGAGGAAAUAUGUUAUCUUCCUACCUGGCCCCUUAAUGCCCCCACGCCAUGGCGUCCACGUCAGACUCCGCAGGACCCGCAGAACACUACCGAUGCACCAGCAGAAGUAAAUCAUCUUGCUGAUCGAAUCGGGCAUCCACCAGAAGGUUCAGCGAUUGCAGAUGCGUUUUCCUCCAUUGGGACGCCGAUAGAGGAAUGGAAGAGGCCUCAGCCGAAGUGUGUCAGGCGCAUCCCGCCGUAUAAAUUUUGAUCACGACGGGCUCUCACGUGUAUGAACUACAUCAUUCGUGGAGUUGAGUCAUCUGGAUAUACCUUUUUUCCUGAUAGUCCCAGGCCUCCCGAGGUUCACAGACGUGUUUUCUUGCUGGAAUGCAAAUAUUGGUAUAUGUAUUGGAUACAACACCUAA